AUGUCCAACCCGCCCUUCACAGUCCGCUCGGUCUUCGAGUAUGCUUCGGGCCAUGACGACGACCUUAGCUUCCCGAUCGGUCAAAUCGUGACCGUCACGGCCCUGGAGGAUGACGAUUGGUACUACGGUGAAUAUUCCGACGCCCAUGGGACUAAGCGAGAGGGGAUAUUCCCGCAAAACUUCGUUGAGAGGUAUGAGCCUCCGGCUCCCCCGAGACCAUCUCGUCCCAGGCCGAAGAAGGAGCCUGAACCGGCACCAGUGGAGUCCCCUGUGGUUGAAAGCAAGCAGCCCGAACCCGAGCCCGAGUUCGUGCCAGAGGUGCAGCCUGCGGAGGAAGAACAUGAUAUUGCGCCCCCGCAGCCCCCUAUGCCUCAGUCACCCCCUCUACCUGCCAGCGUCCCUGUAGCAGAAGCUGUGCAUUCGCCCCCACAGCCGGUAAAGGCGCCCGCUCCCGCCCCUGCCUCUCCCGUGGCCUCAACUGAACCCGCAGCCAAGACACUUUCAAAACCAGCUCCUCCGGCUGUGGCAGAAAAGCCAUCGGGGUCAUCAUUUAGGGAUCGCAUUGCUGCUUUCAAUAAACCUGCCGCAGCACCAGUCACACCAUUUAAACCGGGUGGUUCCCAGCCUUCGUUCAUCAAGAAGCCUUUCGUUGCGCCGCCUCCCAGCCGGGAUGCCUAUAAACCUCCGCCCAGGGAACCUGCGCCCAAGGUCUACAAAAGAGAGGAGGAUCCAGAUGUGAAGGAACAGAUUGCCCGUGAGCCUCCGGUUUCCGAGAGCCGGCCGGCUCCUAGAGAGGGAGGUGAAGAGGAUGCAGAUGAACAGCCUAAGCCAACUAGUCUGAAAGAGCGAAUCGCUUUGCUCCAGAAGCAGCAAUUGGAACAGGCUCAACGUCAUGCAGAGGCAGCCCAAAAGAAAGAAAAGCCUGCCCGUCCACCCCCUAAGAAGGCUACGGAGGAAACCGUAGCUCCCGCAGCUCUCGAAGAGGAACAAGAAGUCUCCCCCUCUGUCGAAGGACCCGGGACUGCUCGGGAUCCUAGUGUUGAUACACUGAGAACUGCGGUUGCUCCCCCACAACCCUCUGUCCCGUUCUCGCCUACCCAAGAAAUUGCGAGUGAUGCCAAUGACGCGGACUAUUCCGCUGCUGCAGACUCCGAGGAUACAGGUGAAACAUCUACUAGCAAAGAUGAUGAGGAUGAACAGUCUCAGUCUCGCCCGGCUUCCCGGCGUCAGCCAUCAACUCGCACAGUUGAGCAAACUGCUGAGCCAGAUGUCAAAGACGAGAGCGAUGCAGAGGAAGAGGAGGAAAUGGACCCUGAAACGAAGCGCAGAAUGGAGUUGCGUGAGCGAAUGGCCAAGAUGAGCGGCGGUAUGGGCAUGAUGGGUCUUUUCGGUCCACCUGGUGGAGGUAUGCCAGGCAUGCCUGGUGCUGGUACUCGUAAGCCUCCGGCGAAGACUCAGGCCGAGUCGGAGAAGAGGCUUGGAGAGCUCGAGGCUGAGGCGAAUGUGGUUGCCAAUGCGCCCCCUGUCCCACUCCCUGGAAUGAACAUGGCUAGCAAGCCAGUGCCUCCUCCCCACGAGGUGGAAAAGGAAGAGGAGGAACGGCCAGCGACUCCCCUCACUGAACAACAUUCUGCACGUGAGGUUCCAGAUGUCGAGGAGGUCGUUCACGAAGGCGCAAUGCCUCGUUCCUCUUUUGAUCGCCCGGUUACGGCUUCCCAACCUCAAGAAUUCUCGGCGCCUCCUCCGCCUUCUCGAGAGUCCAGACCUGCUCCCCCUGUUCUAGGCUCGCCGCCGGCUUCACCUCUGCCAGUUCGAGAUGACCGAUCAUUCCAUCAUCCAUCAAGGCCCACAACUGCCACGACCGCCGACAGAGGUGACGAGUCUGAUGAUGAAUUGUCAGUGUACACAUCCAGCCUGUCGUUGAACAAUCCCGUCGUUCCACCUGUCGUGCCUGCACCUGCGAUUCCAGAUCAAGUUGACUCUCGCCGUUCCUCGACAUAUGACCCUGUCUCAUCUACAGCUUCCACUCCUGCGGCCGAAAAGAGGACAAGUCGUCUACCACCUCCUAUCCCGACCAAUCCACCCAUGCCGCCUCCGUCGCAGGGCCGCGCUCCUCCUCCACCGCCUCCAGAUCAACUCCGUCGCCGGUCUACCGUUGAUAGUCGCAUUAUUGCGUUACCUCACCCCCGUCAGGCUGGAGAAGAAGCAGAGGGAGAAGUCACCGAAUACGAUGGUGAUUACGAUACAGAUAUCGCGUCGGGGGUAAAACAUAAAGAUGCUCUCAGAUCCCACGAACGUGAUUCAAGCUUUGACGAAGGUACUACCACCGACGAUUAUUCUAUUCAGUCUCCCCGCAGUCCCCAGGGAGCCCGGCAUCCCCCGCCCCCACCUCCUACGGCUCCCAGAGCAGUGCCGCCCCCUCCCCCAAGUCAGCCUCCACGAAAUGCCCGUGCAUCCAUUGACACACCCAGGGGACCGCCUCCCCCUCCACCAAAUAGAGAGCCGGCCGGUGGCGAUGACGAGGAUGAUGAGUACGAUCCGUUCAAUUAUUCCGCCCCCCAUCACGGUCUCCCAACAUCUCCAACCUUCCCGCCUGGUCGCCCAGAGGCUCCUCCCCCAUUCCCACCGCAAAAAGCGGUCGAUGAGUACGAUGAUCUAUAUGAUGCCCCGCCAGUGCGCACUCCUGUAACUGAAAGACCUCCUGCCUUCCAUGAGAGGCGUCCCUCAUUGGCGCCUCCAGUUCCCCAAAGUCACGCCCCGAGUCUGCCGUCCCCGUCCGUGGGUCGGAGUCAGCGCGCAUCCAUGGAUCUUUUGAGGAGCCAGCCCAACGUUCGUCGGUCUAUGGAUGUUUCUCGCCCGUCUAUUGAUCAAGGCUUCAUUGCCACUGAUAUUGAUUUCGCCGAACAUACUCUAUGGUGGACUAAACCCAACACCCCGCCUCCAGUCUUCCAGAACCGCUCGGAUCUUCUGUUCGAAGUUGAGGAGACUAAAUCCACAAAGCGAGGUGGCAAGACAACGGUCUCAAAGGAUGUCUAUGUCAUGUUUAUCGAUUACUCUCAGACAGUAUUGAACGUUCAAUUCGACCCCAAGAAUCCUGUGGACGCUUCCUUCGAGCAGCGCCAUGAGCCUCCACCACUCCAGCCUCGCCAGGACCAGCUUGAGCAGGCUCAUAUUCAGCUUGGAACCCGAAUCUCGGAAGCCGUCAACUCAGUCCAAAACUCUACUGUUGGAGAUGGCACUCCAUUCGGGCUGGUUCAAUAUUUGCUCAAUCCUCUUUCGCAAGCGCUGCUUCCAGUUGGAACUCGCGGCUACGGUGCGUCAGUUUACUCCAAUCUGGCCAAUGCCUCAGUGUCCCAGAACGACGAAAUUCGGGCUGGUGACAUUGUCAGCUUCCGCAAUGCCCGUUUCCAAGGCCAUCGUGGCACGAUGCACCAGAAAUACAGCGCCGAGGUUGGUAAGCCUGACCACGUUGGUAUCGUGGUCGACUGGGAUGGCACCAAGAAGAAGAUUCGAGCCUGGGAGCAAGGCCGCGAGAGCAAGAAGGUCAAGAUGGAGAGCUUCAAGCUCAAUGACCUCCGCAGUGGUGAAUGCAAGGUCUGGCGAGUGAUGCCCCGUAGCUGGGUGGGCUGGGAAGCCAGCAAAUAG